UGGAUAACGUGUGUUUAUUAACAGGGAAUUGUAUCAAACAUAAUGGGAAUGGAAUUAGCAGCUGAGAAUGUCGAGCUGACAGAUGCAAAGUUGUUCUCUCGUGUUAGAGCUGCCCUUAAGUCUGCUCAUCAGGGUGACCUCGACCACUAUAAAGAGCUUCUUGAGUUUGUGCAAUGUGAUGAACGCCAUUCUGAUAAGGUUGCCCGGAAAGUGACAACUUUAGAAGCUUUGUCUGGAUCAGUUUUUUCUCUAGACAUUAUUCACCAUCGAUCUCUUGUUUCAUCUAUUUUAGGAAUGAGCAUGUGGAACUAUGGGACUGAUGUAAUGGAUGCUUUAAUGGAAUUCGUUAUAUCCUUGGUAUGUGCCUCUAGUCACUACAAAAACUACAGAAAUUAG